CCGCUCUCCUCCCGCGGCUGCCGGCGUGUCCCCGCGCCCGCCGCCCCGCCAUGUGGACCCUGGUGGCUCUCUGCUGUUGGGGGGGGCUGUCGCUGUCGCUGUCGCCGUCGGUGCCGCAGGGCCGGGCGGGCGGCCCUCCGGGCGCCCUCUCCCGCGCCCCAACUUUGGCGUCACCCGCGCUGGCGGCGCCGGCGCUGCCCGAUACGACGGAGAGCAAAGUGGAGAAGCUGGGACGCGCCUUCAAGCGCCAGGUGCGGCGGCUGCGGGCGCGCAGCGGGCGGCUGGAGCUGGUCUUCCUGGUGGACGAGUCGUCGAGCGUCGGGCCGGCCAACUUCCUCAGCGAGCUGCGCUUCGUCAAGAAGCUGCUCUCCGACUUUCCCGUGGUGCCCGCGGCCACGCGCGUCGCCAUCGUCACCUUCUCCUCGCGCAGCAACGUGGUGCCACGCGUGGAUUACAUCUCCCGGCGGCGGCCGCAGCAGCACAAGUGCGCUCUGCUGGGACGCGAGAUCCCCGCCAUCGCCUACCGCGGCGGAGGCACCUACACCAAGGGCGCCUUCCAGCAGGCGGCGCAAAUAUUGCGGCAUGCCCGUGGAAAUUCCACAAAAGUGAUAUUUCUCAUUACUGAUGGAUAUUCCAAUGGGGGAGACCCAAGGCCCAUUGCAGCAUCCUUGCGUGAAUUUGGAGUGGAGAUCUUCACCUUUGGGAUAUGGCAGGGGAAUAUCCGAGAACUGAAUGACAUGGCAUCCCACCCAAAAGAAGAUCAUUGUUACCUUCUUCACAGUUUUACUGAGUUUGAAGCUCUGGCGCGCAGAGCUCUUCAUGAAGACCUACCCUCUGGCAGCUACAUCCAAGAAGAUAUAUCGCAUUGUUCCUAUCUCUGUGAGGCAAACGAAAACUGCUGCGACGUCAUGGCAAGCUGUAAAUGUGGUACUCACACUGGCCAGUUUGAGUGUAUAUGUGAAAAAGGGUACUAUGGGAAAGGACUACAACAUGAAUGCACAGCUUGUCCACCAGGAACAUACAAGCCUGAAGGUUCACCAGGUGGAAUUGGCACUUGCAUCUCAUGUCCCGAUGAGAAUCAUACUUCUCCACCAGGAAGUACCUCCAUUGAGGAUUGUACAUGCCAGGAGGGAUAUCGUGCUGUAGGACAAACCUGUGAAGUUGUUCACUGCUCUGAACUGAAGCCCCCGGAAAAUGGUUACUUUGUCCAGAAUGUCUGCAACAAUUACUUCAAUGCUGCGUGUGGGAUCCGAUGCAAAGCAGGAUUUGAUCUCGUGGGAAGCAGCAUCCGACUUUGUCAGCCAAAUGGCCAGUGGUCUGGAUCAGAAGCUACUUGUAGAGUUCGAACAUGUCCCAGACUUCGGUCUCCUGAAAACGGACACAUCAAUUGUUCAACAGCUGAUAUCUCUUACAAGACAGUAUGUUUUGUGACCUGCAAUGAAGGCUAUGAAAUUGAAGGAAACAGCAAACUCACCUGCCAGGGAACCUCACAGUGGGAUUCAAAGGAACCAAAGUGUGUGGAAAAGCGUUGUCCCAUCCUCCAGAAACCAGCAGGUGUGACAGUUCUCCCUCCCAGAUGUGGGCUGGAGCCUGCUGUUUCUGGGACUGUGUGCCGGCUGAGCUGUCCCCAAGGAUUCAUCUUGUCUGGAGCUAGAGAAGAACUAAGGUGCAUUUCAUUUGGGAGAUGGAGUGCAAACAUCCAGGAGGCUCUGUGUAAAGAUAUUGAAGCGCCUCGGAUCCACUGUCCAGACAAUAUUGAGACUGUGACUCUGGAACAUCAUAACUCUGCUAAUAUCAGCUGGCAGGUACCAACAGCUGAGGAUAACUCUGGAGAUGAGGUCUCAGUUCGUGUUACCCCAGCUUUCAUACCACCAUUUCUUCUCCCAAUUGGCAAAGUUGACAUUACUUACUCAGCAACUGAUAAGUCGGGCAAUGAGGCAAGCUGUACGUUCAGUGUCAAGGUUAUUGAUGUAGAACCUCCUGUAGUUGACAGAUGCAGAUCUCCACCACCCAUGCAAGCAGCAGAGAAUGAUUACCCAGCAACAUGGGAAGAACCAGAAUUUUCAGACAAUUCAGGUGGUCCGUUAACUGUCACUAGGAGUCAUGCACCUGGAGAUCUCUUUCCCAAAGGAGAAACAACAGUUCAGUACACAGCUGUGGAUCCUUCUGGAAAUAACAGGACAUGUGAGAUCCACAUUGUCAUCAAAGGUUCUCCCUGUGAAAUAUCCUUUGAGCCUGUGAAUGGGGAUUUUAUAUGCACAUCAGAUGAAGCAGGAGUUAAUUGCACAUUGCACUGCGCAGAGGGUUACAGCUUUUCGGAAGGAUCAAGUGAAAACUACUAUUGUGCAUAUGAAGAUGGUCUCUGGAAGCCACCCUACUCUCCAGAGUGGCCUAGCUGCUCUUUAAAUCGUUUUGCAAACCAUGGGUUCAAAUCCUUUGAGAUGCUCUACAAGGCAACACGAUGUGAUGACAACAAUCUUCUAAACAGAUUUACUGACGCAUUCCAGAGUGCACUUGGUAAAAUGGUCCCAUCAUUCUGUAAUGACGUUGAUGAUAUUGACUGCAGAUUGGAAGAUCAGACACAGAAACAUUGCUUGGAAUAUAAUUACGAUUAUGAAAAUGGGUUUGCCAUUGGACCGGCUGGCUGGGGGACAGCAAACCACCUGGAUUAUUCGUAUGGUGAUUUUGUUGAUGCAGCACAAGAAGAAGACUUAUCCAAGCAUCUCUCCGCCUCUGUAAAAGCAGCACCUGCUCGCAUCAAAAGGCAUAAGCUGAAUGUUCCACUGACUGACCAAAAAAUCAAGUUAAUAUUUAAUAUCACAGCUAGCGUGCCACUGCCUGAUGAAAGGAAUGAUACAUUGGAACUGGAAAACCAGAGACGGCUCCUUAAAACUCUGGAAACAAUCACGAACAGGCUGAAUAGAACUCUCCAUAAAGAACCCAUGUAUUCUUUUCAGUUUGCAUCUGAACUCAUUGUAGCUGACACCAACUCACUGGAGACGGAGAAGGCCUUUCUUUUCUGCAGGCCUGGUUCUGUGCUGAGAGGAAGAAUGUGUGUCAACUGCCCUUUGGGUACCUAUUACUCCCUGGAGCAUCUUACCUGUGAAAGCUGCUGGACUGGAUCCUACCAAGAUGAGGAAGGGCAGCUGGAAUGCAAAAGUUGUCCAUCUGGUAGCUAUACUGAGUAUCUACACUCUAGGAGCAUCUCUGAAUGCAAAGCUCAGUGCAAGCAGGGAACGUAUUCAUCUAAUGGUCUUGAGACCUGUGAAACAUGUCCACUUGGAACAUAUCAGCCGGCAUUUGGAUCCAGGAAUUGUAUCUCUUGCCCAGAAAAUACAUCAACAGUAAAAAGAGGCGCAGUAGAUGUCUCAGCUUGUGGAGUACCAUGUCUUGCAGGCGAGUUCUCUCGUACAGGUUUGACACCUUGCCACCCUUGUCCCAGAGACUACUAUCAACCAGACCCAGGAAAGUCCUACUGCUUGUCUUGCCCCUUUUAUGGAACAACUACUGUCAUUGGUGCCAGAUCCAUCACAGAUUGUUCAAGUUUUGGCUCUACUUUUUCAGCAGCUGAGGAAAGUGUAAUGAUGGUACCAGCCUUGCCAGAAAAUAUCAGCAAACAGUACAAAGUCAGCAGUCAGGUCUUUCAUGAAUGUUUUCUGGAACCAUGCCACAAUAAUGGGACAUGCAAGCAACUGGGAAGUGGAUAUAUCUGCAUAUGCCCACUUGGAUAUACAGGCUUGAAAUGUGAAACACAAGUUGAUGAGUGUAAAUCAUCUCCUUGUCGAAACAAUGGAAUGUGUAAAGAUGGCAUUGGGACUUUUGUUUGCCAUUGUCAACCAGGCUAUUCAGGUCUCUUGUGUGAGGAAGACAUAAAUGAAUGUAGUUCCAGUCCGUGUUUGAAUGGAGCCCACUGUGUUGAUGGCAAGAACAGUUACCACUGCACUUGUGCAAAAGGAUUCACAGGUGCUCACUGUGAAAUGGAGGUCAAUGAAUGCCUUUCAAACCCAUGUCUUAAUAGGGCUAUUUGUGAAGAUCGAGUUGGGAGUUUCUCCUGCAAGUGCCUCCCAGGUUUUACUGGUGUCUUGUGUGAAAGAAACAUUGAUGAGUGUCUCAGCAGACCCUGUAGGAAUGGAGCUACAUGCAGAGAUGGUAUCAACAGCUUCAGGUGUCUGUGUGUGACAGGGUACACAGGACUGAACUGUGAAGUGAACAUCAACGACUGUGACUCCAGUCCCUGCUUAAACCAAGCCACCUGUGUGGAUGCCUUGAACUCGUACGUUUGUAAAUGUCCCCCUGGCUUUACAGGCAGCAGGUGUGAAACAGAACAGUCCUCUGGUUUCAAUCUUGAUUUUGAAGUCUCUGGUAUCUAUGGAUAUGUCAUACUUGAUGGUGUUUUACCAUCUCUUGGUGACAUCACCUGUACAUUCUGGAUGAAAUCCACUGACACCACAAACUAUGGGACUCCCAUUUCUUAUGCAGUGGAGAAUGGAAGUGAUAAUGCAUUUCUUCUGACUGAUUACAAUGGCUGGGUUCUUUAUGUGAAUGGGAAAGAGAAGAUAACAGACUGUCCUUCAGUGAAUGAUGGUAACUGGCAUCACAUUGCGGUCACAUGGACAUGCAGGGACGGGGCAUGGAAGGUGUACAUCGAUGGAAAACUGUCCGAUGGAGGCAGUGGACUCUCUGUUGGAUCAAAAAUCCCUGGACAGUUCCCCUCACUCAGCAUCACUGAAGACAAAGUGCACAUUUCUAGGGUAAAAUCUCUGGCUACAUCCUGUCCAGAAGAACUGAAAAAAGGAAAUGUACUAGCCUGGCCAGAUUUCCUGCCAGGAGUUGUUGGAAGAGUGAAGAUAGAUUACAAGAGUAUAUUUUGUGCUGACUGUCCAUCUUUGCAAGGAUCCAUACCACAUCUGCGGGCCUCUUCUGCUGAUUUAAAGCCAGGGUCAAAAGUGAGCCUUUCCUGUGAUCCAGGCUUCCAAAUAGUGGGAAACUCUGUUCAAUACUGCCUUAACCUGGGACAGUGGACACGGCCUUUUCCCCGCUGUGAAAGAAUCAGCUGUGGAGUGCCUCCGACUUUAGAAAAUGGAUUUUAUUCAGCUGAGGACUUUUUUGCUGGCAGUACUGUUACCUAUCACUGCAACAGUGGCUACUAUUUGUUGGGUGACUCCAGGAUGUUGUGCCUGGAUAAUGGAAGCUGGAAUAGCAUUUCGCCAUCUUGCCUUGAUGUUGAUGAAUGCGCUGUUGGAUCAGACUGCGACGAACAUGCAUCUUGUCUCAACACAAAUGGAUCCUAUAUUUGCACUUGCAUCCCUCCUUACACAGGAGAUGGUAAAAAGUGUGCAGAACCAAUAAAGUGCCAUAAUCCAGGAAAUCCAGAGCAUGGCCAUUUAUAUGGGGACACUCACAGUGUUGGCAGUGAAGUAACGUUUUCCUGCAAAGAAGGAUUUCAGCUGACAGGGGUGACAAAACUUACGUGCCUGGAGUCCGGAGAGUGGAGCCACCCAAUACCAUAUUGUGAAGCUAUAUCCUGUGGUGCUCCAGUUAUUCCAGAGAACAGUGCCAUUUUCGGCUCAAAUUUUACAUACCACAGUAAAGUGGUGUACAGAUGCAAUGAUGGGUACAACUUAGUGGGUGAGAAGGAAAUUCUGUGCCUUGCUAGUGGCGUUUGGAAUCAUCCUCCCCCCUCCUGUGAAAUGGUGACGUGCCCUAGUCCCCAGGAUAUCAGCAAUGGAAAAUACAUUCUCAGUGGCACAGCCUACCUUUCCUCUGUGUCAUACACCUGUGACAAUGGAUACAGCCUUCAGGGGCCUUCUGUACUUGUCUGUGCAUCUUCAGGGAACUGGAACAGCACACCACCAGCUUGCAACAUUGUGUCUUGUGGAUCCCCUCCUGCCAUCAAAGAUGCGGUCAUCAACGGAGAUAACUUUACUUUCGGAAACACGGUCUCUUACACGUGUAAGGAAGGUUACACAUUAGUUGGCCCUGCAACCAUAGAGUGCUUAGCCAGCGGCAAGUGGAGUGUGAGCCACCAGCAGUGCUUGGCAGUAUCCUGUGAUGAACCACCCCAUGUGGAAAAUGCAUCACCAGAGAGUGGCCACCGCCUCUUUGGUGACAUAGCUUAUUACUUCUGCUUGGAUGGUUACAGCCUGGCUGACAACUCUCAGCUGCUCUGCAAUGCAGAAGGGAAGUGGGUGCCUCCAGAGGGCAGGGACAUGCCCCACUGCAUAGCUGAUUUCUGUGAAAAGCCAUCCACCGUCUCAUAUAGCAUCCUAGAGUCCAUUAGUAAAGCCAAGUUUGCUGCUGGCUCCAUCGUGAGCUUCAAGUGCAUGGAAGGCUUUGUUCUGAACACUUCGGCGAAGAUCGAAUGUCUUCGAGGGGGCCAGUGGAAUCCUUCUCCUCUGAGCAUCCAGUGCAUCCCCGUUCGUUGCGGAGAGCCUCCCCACAUUACCAAUGGUUAUGCCAGUGGGUCCAACUACAGUUUUGGAGCAGUGGUGGCUUACAGCUGCAACAAGGGGUUCUACAUCAAGGGAGAGAAGAAGCGGACCUGUGAGGCCACUGGCAACUGGAGUGGCACUUUGCCCACAUGCCACCCAGUGUCCUGUGGAGAACCACCGCAGCUUGAGAAUGGCUUUGUUAAGGAAACAACUGGACACUUCUUUGAGAAUCAGGCAAAUUAUCAGUGUGAGUCUGGUUACCAGAUGGUUGGGAGCUCAGUGUUUAUCUGCCAAGCAAAUCGGCAGUGGUACAGUGAGUCACCUCCUUACUGUGCUCCCCUCAGCUGUGGAAAACCACCACCCAUCCAGCAUGGCUACUCCAAGGGAGAAACUUUUGAUAUGGGCUCCAAAGUAGAGUUUUUCUGUGAUGAAGGCUAUGAGCUGAUUGGAGAUGUUUCCUGGACAUGUCAGAAGUCUGGGAAAUGGAGCAAAAAGCGAAGCCCCAAGUGUGUGCCAACAAAAUGUCCAGAACCACCCUUGGCAGAAAAUCAGCUGGUCUUGAGGGAAGUGACCUACCAAGUCGGUGUUAUACAGUUCUCCUGCAAGGAAGGUUAUGUUUUGCAUGGCUCCUCUGUACUAAAAUGCUUGCCCUCCCAGCAGUGGAAUGAUUCCUUUCCCUUCUGCAAGGUUGUACAGUGUUCUGCACCUCCCUAUAUCCCCUUUGGUGACCCCUUGACUUCAUCCCUUCAUUUUGGUAGCACUGUGAAAUACAUCUGUGUGGAUGGGUUUUUACUGAAGGGUGAGUCCACCAUCAGAUGCCAGGCUGAUGGCUCAUGGAGCUUGCCUUUGCCAGAAUGUAUUCCUGUGGAGUGCCCCCAGCCAGAAGAAAUUCAGAACGGCAUAGUUGAUGUGCAGGGCCUCACCUUCCUAAGCACAGCCCUCUAUACAUGUAAACCAGGCUUUGAAUUGCUAGGGAACACAACUGUCCUCUGCGGAGAAGAUGGACAGUGGCUUGGAGGAAGGCCAGUUUGCAAACCUAUUCAAUGCCCAAGGCCUAAGAAGAUCCUCAAUGGCAAAUAUUCAUUCACAAACUUCCAUUAUGGGCAGACGGUUAGGUAUUUCUGUGACAGAGGUUUCCAGCUCCAAGGGGAGGAAACGCUGAGGUGCCUAGAAACAGGAGAGUGGAGUACAGAGGUUCCCUCUUGCAAAGCCAUAAAUUGCCAACCCCCUCAGCCCAUUGAGAAUGGUUUUGUGGAGGGUGCAGAUUAUAGCUACGGGGCCAUGGUCAUUUACAGCUGUGUGCCAGGCUUCCAGCUGUCUGGCCUUGCCAUGCAGACUUGUGAAGAAUCGGGCUGGUCUAGCUCCACACCAGCCUGCCUUCCAACAGACUGUGGCCUACCUCCUCACAUUGACUUUGGGGAGUACGUGCAGCUGAAACAUGGGGAAAGACGUUCUGACCAGGAGGGUGUUACAGAGAGUCCCUCCCUUUCUCUUACGUUGUUGGCUGACAAUUUGAAAGACUUCCAAAGUUCCUUGAAGGAGGACAGUGCAAUGCAGCUCACCACUUUCUUAUUUGGAACUGUCAUUUUAUACACAUGUUACUCUGGCUACGAGCUGCUAGGAAACCCUGUUCUAGCUUGCCAAGAAGAUGGGGCUUGGAACGGUACUGCCCCCGCCUGUGUUUCAAUAGAGUGCACCUUGUUGUCACCCCCAGAGAAUGGUUUUUUACAUGUCACUGAGAACACGCUCGGCAGUGCCGUGCAAUAUAGCUGUAGGCCAGGAUUCACACUCAUUGGCUCUGACACACGACUGUGUUUGCCAAGUCGGCAGUGGAGUAACACUGCUCCGUACUGCAAAGCAAUAACGUGCAAUUCACCUGCCCAGCUUAUGAACGGGAAGAUAAGAGGGGGAAACUACACAUAUGGUAGUGUUGUCUACUAUGAGUGUGAUCCUGGUUACCAGUUAAAUGGCCCCACAGAGAGGAGAUGCCAAGAGAACCAGAAAUGGGAUGGCAAUGAACCGAUCUGCAUUCCUGUUUCCUGCAGCCCACCACCAGUUUUGGAAAAUGGUCAGGUGACUGGAGAGGAGUACACAUUCCAGAAACACACAGAGUAUAGCUGCAAUGAAGGUUUCCUGUUAGAUGGGGACAGGAGUAGAGUCUGCCUUGCAAAUGGAAGCUGGAGUGGAAUCACUCCAGUUUGCAGAGCUGUAACCUGCCCCAUGCUGCUGCCUCUUCCCAAUGGAAGAACUAUUGGCUCAGAUUUUAGCUUUAAGAAAGAAGUGCACUAUCGCUGCAAUGAAGGAUAUAGCCUGCAAGGAGUGUCUACGCUUACCUGCCAGAGUGAUGGUACUUGGAAUUCAGAAGCUCCACACUGUGAACCAGUUAUUUGUGGACCCCCUGAAGACAUCUCCCAUGGCUUUCUGAAUGGCUCAGGCUUUACCUAUGGGCAAUUUGUCCAGUAUGUGUGCUUCCCCAGUUAUGAGCUGCAUGGCAAUCCUUUACGGCAAUGUCUGUCCAAUGGUUCCUGGAGUGGAAGCCUUCCAUCUUGCCUACCCUGCCUGUGUCCUACACCACAGAUUCAGAAUGGGGUCGUUCUUGGUACAGAUUUCAGCUGUGGGAUAAGUGCUCAGUUUCAAUGCCUGGAGGGCUUCAAACUGCUGGGGCCUUCAGAAGUCACCUGUGAGGCACCUGGCAAGUGGAGUUCUGGGUUUCCUCGCUGUGGGCAGAUUUCCUGCGGCUCUCCACCCGUCAUCCCCAACACAUUUAUCAAUGGGAGCAGCUCUGAAGAUGAGAACACCAUCAUCUAUACCUGCUUGACAGGUUUUAUCAUGAAGGGGAGUCCGGAACUGACUUGUGUGGAGACUGGUGUAUGGAAGAAGCCAUACCCAAGCUGUGAGCUGUUAAGUUGUGGCCCACCACCACCUGUCCCAAAUGCAGAGAUUCUUGGGAACACUUACACCUAUGGGAGUAAGGUCCAGUACAGAUGCCUGGAAGGCUACACAAUGGUGACAGAGGUGGAUGUAUGCAUUUGCCAGGAAGAUGGACAGUGGUCUUCUCAAAGUAUUUCCUGUUGGCCCAGGAAGUGUCCCCUGCCAGGAAAUAUCACUAAUGUAAUGGUACUUGGGAACAACUUCACUGUGAACACAAGCAUCACUUUGUCAUGUGUAGAAGGCUAUGUUCUGGUGGGAGCAAGCACAUCUACAUGCAAGGAGACUGGUAUGUGGGUGCCACCAUUUUCUGAUGAUAUCUGCAUUCCUGUGUCCUGUGGAACCCCAGAGUCUCCAGAACAUGGAUUCGUGGUUGGCACUAAAUACAAUUACAAAGAUGUGUCUUUUUAUAAAUGUGACUCUGGCUAUGAAUUACAGGGUGAUGCAGAACGGACUUGCCAGGAAGACAAACUUUGGAGUGGCACAGUGCCGGUGUGCAGAAGAGUAUCAUGUGGACCCCCAGACACGAUAGAAAAUGGAUCUGUUCAGGGAGAGGAGUUCCUGUUUGGCAGUGAAGUUUUUUACAGCUGUGACUCUGGCUUUGAGCUACAGGGACCAAGCCGAAGGAUUUGCCAUGUUGACAAAAAGUGGAGCCCUUCUGCCCCUAUAUGCAUCCAAAUUACUUGUGGGCUGCAUCCUUCCGUAGAAAAAGCAGAGGCCAUUUCUACAGGAAGCACAUACAGAAGUAAUGUAACCUUCAUGUGCAACUCCGGAUACCAUCUUGUUGGGCCCCAGAAUAUCACAUGUCUUGCAAAUGGGAGCUGGAGCAAACCCUUGCCAUUGUGUGAAGAGACCAGAUGUAAAGUUCCAGUUUCCUUGAUGAACGGGAAGGCAAUUUAUGAAAACAAUACAGUUGGCAGUACAGUAACAUAUCUCUGUGAGAGGGGAUACAGCUUGGAAGGAGAAUCUGCAGCAGAGUGCACAAGAGAUGGAAGAUGGAGUAAUCCCUUACCUCUCUGUAAACCAAACCCUUGUCCUGUGCCUUUCAUAAUCCCAGAGAAUGCCCUUCUGUCCGAGGUGGAUUUUUAUGUUGGUCAGAAUGUAUCCAUCAGGUGCAGGGAAGGCUACCAGCUAAAAGGGCAGUCUAUGAUCACCUGUAAUGCUGAUGAGACCUGGACUCCAGCAACAGCUAAGUGUGAAAAGAUAUCUUGUGGUCCCCCAACUCACAUAGAGAAUGCUCUGAUUCGUGGUAGCUUCUAUCAGUAUGGAGACAUGAUCACCUAUUCAUGCUACAGUGGGUACAUGCUGGAGGGGCCCCUGCGGAGCAUUUGCUUAGAAAAUGGAACAUGGACAACACCACCUACCUGCAAAGCUGUCUGCCGGUUCCCGUGUCAGAAUGGUGGCGUCUGUGAGCGACCAAACGCUUGCUCGUGCCCAGAUGGCUGGAUGGGUCGUCUCUGUGAAGAGCCAAUAUGUAUUCUGCCAUGUCUCAAUGGAGGUCGCUGUGUGGCCCCUUACCAGUGUGACUGCCCCCUUGGAUGGACUGGAUCACGCUGCCAUAUGGCUGUUUGCCAGUUGCCUUGCUUAAAUGGUGGGAAGUGCAUACGACCAAAUCGGUGCUAUUGUCCCCCAUCGUGGACUGGACAUGACUGCUCUAGGAAACGGAAGGCUGGAUUCUAUCCCUUUUAACAUCAGAGCAGCAGUUCUACAUUCAGAUAUCUUUCUUCAGGCUAGGCACCAUUGGAAUCUAAUGCAUUGUAAAUCAAGUCCAUUGCUUCCCUUCCCCACCCCCAGCUCCCUUGUUUUGUAUUUUAUUUUGUGAUACGUUUUUACAAUACCUUUGAAUUUUUAAAGAACUCCUCUGUAUUUUUCAUUUACAAAAGUAUUAUCAAAUAUAUGCUGCUACACAGACAUCAUACACACAUACACAUACAAAUGUAAAGAUUCCUACAGUCCACUGAAGGGUUGUGUAAAGUGAAGUCCCUCCCAUUUCUUACAUACAGUGAGCUAAUUAAACUGUCUUAUACUGCCAACUAUGAUUAAACGAAAUGUGGCAAUUCUGUUUACCAGCUGCCAAAGCAUACUACUGUCCAGCAACUCAACAGUAAAGAAGUGUUACACAGGGCUAACUGAGCCACCAAACUGUGCAUUGGGCCUGUUUCUGAAGUUAAGUUGAUAUAAAUUAUAACUACAUGUGAUAAAGUCUAUAUUGUAACCACAGUUUCUGGUGAGCAUAAGAAGAAGAUUCUGUAAAGUAUUUUGUGUGACAUCAACUUAGUUGGAGAGUUAUUUAAUGGGAGGCAUCGGCAUGAAUUUUACCUGAGAUGUCUUGGUAAAAAUGUAAAAGAGACAAGACAAUAUCAUGUCAUUCAGCGAAAGAUGGACCAAGCCUAGCCAACAAGAGCCUUUGAAGCUUUUUGGCCUACAGGCAGUUCAGGUGUAGCUCUAAAGCUGGAAAAUCUAGGAUCCAGCAGUGGGAAGCAGGUGGACCACUGAAACUUGCACUUUCUAUUUGCCAUGGGAUUCACCACUGGCUUGUAACCACCAUCCCUUUCCUGUGCAAAUGAAGUACAUAUCUAGCAGCUAUCUGCCAGGUGAAUGAUUUAAUAAUACCUGGGGUUUGGGUCCCAAAGUUCAACUGCCCUUAAGAUGGAGGGAGAAGGCACCAGUUGCAUUUACAGGUGAAACUUCACUAUUUCCUUGCCAAAAGGCUGUAUUUUUGUUAUGCGGAACCCUCAGAAAACUGGAAAAGGACUCUCUUGAGUACACACAUGGGCAGAAAUGCUCAGCUGGCUGAGAAAUACUGAGAGCACACAUGCUGUCAGAUUUCUUAUUCUCAGACUGUUGAUCCCAUUGCAUCUGAAGAUAGCACACACCUGAAUGCCAUCAUUAAGUCAUGCUCUGUUGAACUGAGAUGCUAAGAUUUACGUAUGAUUAAGUAGGGUGGUGGAAUUACAAGGCAGAAAUCACAUGCAUUUUUCAAAGUCACAUGUUUGGUAAUUGUUGUCAGUUAGCAAAAAGUCUGAUCUAUGAAAGAAGUCGUUAAGAGUCAGAACCUGAGAGUCAUUCAUCAGAAGCUCCAUUUUUCCCAGUAAUAAUAGAAAAGUGUAACUUACAGUCAGCAUUGGGAAAGAAAAAGGAGAAAUAAAUUUCACCUUCUGUAGCAUUCCUGCUUAGUUACCACCCCCCCGAAUAAGAGUGCGCACAACUGCCCCACUCCUCCCCCCUUUAUAGAUGUACCUUCCUUUUAUGCAUGAACUUGUAUACAGGAAAGUGAUACUACACCAAAAUGAGCUCACAGUAACAGGGCUCUAGUAAAUACUGACACAUAACUGAUGGCUGUUAGCCCAACACCAGAAAUGGGGAAGAAACAAACAAGUGAAUUUGUGAGCCAGUAAGAGCUUUCAGCCAAUUAAAAGAAAAACAGAGAGGAAAGAAUAGGAGUCAUUAGGGGAUCAGAUUAAUGUGAAUGUAGAUUCCUUCUCAGUGGGAGCUGCAACCAGCUGAAGAGUUGUGGUUUUAGCUCCCACAACCUUCUUUUUCUAAUGGACUCUGCUAGCACGUAGCAAAAAUCUCCUGUCUCCCAGCUCCACAGCCACCGAUGUUUACAGCUUCAACUGAAGUUAGUGUUCAGUAAGUAAUGUCUGCAUUUCAACCCAUAAUCUCCACCAUUUGUAGGCACUUUGUUCCUUAAACUCCUUGCUGCCUUAACAGCAAAUGAAGGGAAACUGCAGUGAGCCACACAGGACUUCUCAAGGGAAAGAGUGUACAAGUGAGAAAAGCAGAUCUUUAUUUAUAUGUCAUUCUCAUGGUUUUGUCCCUUUUCCAGUGUGUUUCUCUGGUAUGUCCCCUGACUCUGCCCUGGUCAUCUCCAGAGCAGAACAGCAGUGGUGAGGAGAGAGCUUAGAGGUGGCAGGACAUUGUUGGAGAGUUAGGGCUGCAGGAUGGCUUUUAGCACCCCAGCUUCACAAUAGUGACUAGUACAUGGAGUCCCGAGAUCAACCCAGUCAACAAGUUUCAUAAGGAGAUGUGGUGUUAGGACAGAGUAGCUGAAACUAGAAGCUGUUAUAUUAGUGUUAUUGAUGAUGUUUUGAUACUUGCUGGAAUACUUUCCCCUCCCUACCCCUUACUGUAUUGUCAUUUAUGUCACUGCUUGUUGUGUGUUUUAAACGACUUCCAUGUGAUGCACUUUACACUGUAAAUAAAGUUGCACCCUGUUUAGUACC